AUGAGUCUUACACGAAAAAUUCCAAAGUCGAAACGAAAACCGACUUUAAAAGGUAAAACUUUGACAGAAGAACAGCAACUUGAAUAUAAACAAGCAUAUUCGUUAUUCGAUCGUGACGAAGAUGGUUUAAUAAAUCCAAAAGAAUUGAGUUAUCUUAUUCGCUCAUUAGAAUGUAAUCCAAGUGACAAUGAAAUUCAAAGUUUAAUCGAUCGUGUUGUCGAUGAAGGAAAUAGUCUAAUUGAUUGUAAUCAAUUUUUAAUUAUGAUGUCUUUACUACAUAAGACUCGAGACAAGGACAAAAGACGAGAAUUACAUGAAAUCUUUACUGCUAUCGAUACAGAUAAUAAUGGUGUUAUCGAUAGUACAGAAUUGCGAACGAUUAUGCGUUUAAUAAAUAGUGGAGUUGAUGAUAUAAAAUUAACAAAAGAAGAAAUUGAUGAAAUGAUUGCAGAAGUCGAUAGCGAUAAAGAUGGACGAAUUACAUUCAAUGAAUUUACUCGCAUUUUUGAAGGACAAAUAUAA